AAUAAGCGGAGCGAAUGGAGGAGGAGGAGGAGGAGGAAGGGCCCCUUUGGGUGACUGGGUGAAGUUAGUCGGAAACUUUGCUCUUUGGGAGGAAAAAAAGGGGGGAGGGGGUUGCGUCGGAUUGCAGCGUGAGAAAGUCCAGACUUGAGAAGCCAGGCGGUAGACGCCACGCCCUCCCCACAGGAAAGCACCAUGGCCCACAAAGGAUGUCUCAGCGUCACUAAGUACUUCCUGUUCCUCUUCAACCUCUUCUUCUUUAUUCUUGGAAGCCUCCUCUUCGGCUUUGGUCUGUGGAUACUUUUUGACCGGAGUAGUUUUGCAUCCACCCUAGGGUCAUCAGUUUUUGCCUUGAAGAUCUGGUCCUAUAUUUUCGCCGGAGUUGGCAUCCUCACAAUGCUCCUGGGAUUCCUGGGGUGCCUGGGCUCCCUCAAAGAAAUCAAGUGUAUGCUGGGAUUUUACUUUGCCUUCCUGUUUCUCCUCUUCGUUGCCCAAGUCACCAUCGUAAUAGUGGUAUACACACAGCGCGAAACGAUCCAGGCGACUGUCAGAGACUGUGCUGGCGACAUAAUUCAGAAUUACAAGUUGAAUGGGUCACUCACAGAUAGGGAGGAGAGCUGGGAUGUCAUUCAGGAGCAGUUCCGCUGCUGUGGUUGGAAUUCCUAUACAGACUGGGAAGGGAACCAGGCUGUGGCCGCCAAUGGCUCUUCCUUCUACCCUUGCUCCUGCCGAGACACGUCGCAGGCUGGCCAGCCACUUGCUAACAACACAGAGACCCCCAAGUCUCCAGAGCGCACCAAAGGUUUCUGUGUUUCCCAGGGAGAGUGGCCUGUCUACAAAGAGGGCUGCAUGGCCAGCAUCCAGAACUGGCUAGCCAACAACAUAAUCACCAUUGUGGGACUCUGUCUUGGAAUUGCUCUCAUAGAGCUCUUCCUGAUGACGCUAUCGAUGUUUCUGUGUAAGACCAUCGGGCCCAACUACGACAAGCUUGCCCGCUAUUCCUAGGAGACGCCUCUCCGCUUCCUGGAUCCCUCAUCUUUUGAGGGCUGCCUCAGAAGUCUCUUCUUCAAAUUCAAACAUUUUGUCACAGGGGCUUAACGCGGGGCUGCGAGGCCCCUCGAAUGGGUUUCCCUGCCUGGUCAUAUUUCCAUCCUGGUACAAAGUGAGUUUCAAUUCUAACCUCAUCUUGGUCAACGAAACUUAAACCUUUGAGGACUGCCGGCCCCAAGGAGAAACGGAGCGUCUCCCAAUCUCUUCAUACAGCAACAUAAGACGCCGCCGGAUUCACCAGCAAAACCCUUUCCCCUCCAUAACGUACCGUUUCCGAAGUCAAUGCUGUUUCCCAUUUGAACGUUCUCCUGAGGCGGAGCCAGUUUCAGCGUGGAGAAAACUUGUCUGUUUUAGCUGCUGGUACCUGAUGGUUUACCCGACUUAAACUGGGAAGCAACUGAGUGGAAUGUCUCAAAGCAAUAUAAAUGUACGAGUAUUUUAAAAUGUUUGGGGUCAGUCAGAUCAGCGUUGUCUAUUGACUCCCGUAGUCUUUUGACCAAUAACCUACUAUGACUAUUCCCCGUCUCUGUCAAGCUGGAGCCUGUAACCUUCCUUACGUUUGUUUUGGUAUUGAGAUGAAUCUGAUUUUAAAACUAGAUUUUAACUAGGCGAUAUUCCAUUGAGAGGUAGUAAAACACAGCGGCGAGCCUUGCUUUUGAAUGGGCAAAUAGGGACCAGAGCCUGUUCACUGUGCCUCUGCCCCCCAAACCCCGAUAUCUGUGUUGUGCUUUAAAGGUUUACCCAAAGUCUUGCAAAUGUAUCCCAAUCUGGGGCAAGUACAUUGUGAGCAUCUUCCCUAAACACCACAACAACGCAUGACGUCUCGACCUUAGCCUGACUUGACCCGCACCUGUAAAAAAAUGCUGUUAGUGCCCCGACCCAAAUUUGGCCGUCUUCCUUACACCCUUCUUUAAACGUUCCUCGCGCCAAGAUUAGUUUUUGCCUCCCCAAUUCUUCCUCUCUCUUUUUUUCCUUUUGUAAUUACUGUUGUACGUAGGAAGGUUGUUGGGAUUUCUCGCAAAACAAAAAAAGCUUUCCAUCGUGUUUUUGUUCUGUCAUAGCCCUUUGCCUCCAUGCACACACCCUCUCGCAGCUCCUUGUGCGUGAAGGAACCUCCAGGGCAUACAGUCGGCCGCAAUGCAACCAAAGGUGUCUGCCUGUUGUUCUACAGCAGGAGUGGAGAACCACCCACAUUCCCCAGACAUCAGACUGUGAACUGGACAAUAGAGGGGGAAGUCUUUGCUCGUGCCGGCUGUGCGCGGAGCGAUGCUUUCGGAGACACUCUGAUGGGGCCAGGUACUCAUAUCUGGUUCUUGGUCAUUUGUGUGGCCUACCUCUGCUCAGUUCCAAGCUGCAGUGAACAAUUGCUUGACAGGUUUCCAUCCUCCAUCUCUGAUAACCAGUAUCCACACUGGCCUCUUCCACACAGGCGGAAUAAUGCACUUUCAAUCCACUUUCACAACGGUUUGCAAGUGGAUUUGGCUAUUCCGCACAGUAAAAUCCAGCUGAAAAGUGCGUUGAAAAUGCCUUGUUCUGCAUGUGCGGAAGGGGCCACCGUGGCAGAUGCCCCCACUUGUACAAGUUAGACAUGUUCGAAUGGAUGCCUAUCAUCUCGAAUGCUUGAGAUGGUGGAACUGUUAAGGGACACCACAGGAUGGGGGUAGAAUGGGGUAUAUAUAGCAUUUCACCCUUCUCUUUAGCUAAUUUGUUAUUUUAACAGUAUUCUGAUAUUUUUUUUUUUUGGUAAUGUAGCCUUCAUUUGUAAAUAAAAAAAUAGUUCCACAAUUAA